AAAUUGGAAUGUGAGAAGCUGGCCAGCGAAAAGACAGAAAUGCAGAGGCACUAUGUGAUGUAUUACGAAAUGUCAUACGGAUUAAACAUUGAAAUGCACAAACAGACUGAGAUUGCCAAGAGGCUGAACACGAUCUGCGCACAAGUCAUCCCGUUUCUGUCUCAGGAACAUCAACAACAGGUGGCCCAGGCUGUGGAGCGCGCCAAGCAGGUGACCAUGGCAGAGCUGAACGCCAUCAUCGGGCAGCAGCAGCUGCAAGCUCAGCAUCUGUCCCACGGCCACGGGCCCCCGGUGCCCCUCACGCCCCACCCGUCAGGACUCCAGCCCGCCGGCAUCCCGCCCCUGGGGGGCAGCGCCAGCCUUCUCGCGCUGUCUAGUGCCCUGAGCGGGCAGUCUCACUUGGCAAUAAAAGACGACAAGAAGCACCACGACGCAGAGCACCACAGAGACAGAGAACCGGGCACAAGUAAUUCCCUCUUGGUUCCAGACAGCUUAAGAGCCACCGAUAAACGCAGAAAUGGGCCUGAAUUUUCCAAUGACAUCAAGAAAAGAAAAGUGGAUGAUAAGGAUUCCAGCCACUACGACAGCGAUGGUGACAGAAGUGAUGACAACUUAGUGGUGGACGUGUCCAAUGAGGACCCUUCCUCUCCACGAGCCAGCCCUGCGCACUCACCCCGGGAGAACGGAAUCGACAAAAACCGCCUGCUGAAGAAAGAUGCUUCCAGCAGCCCUGCGUCCACAGCCUCCUCGGGAAGUUCUGCUUCUUUGAAGUCCAAAGAAAUGAGCCUGCAUGAAAAAGCCAGCACGCCGGUUCUGAAAUCCAGUACGCCCACGCCUCGGAGUGACCUGCCAGCGCCGGGCACCAGCGCCACCCCGGGCCUCCGCCCGGGCCUCGGCAAGCCUCCAGCCAUGGAGCCCCUCGUCAACCAAGCUGGAUUUGGUUUUCAUUUGGAGUUGGUACCAGGGAAUGGAAAGUUCGGACUGAAGGAGAAAUCUUGGAUUUUAUCGAGAAAAUCUUCUUUUGAGAUUAAGUCAGCCGGUCUGAGGACUCCCCUGGCGGUGCCCGGCCCGUACCCCGCUCCUUUUGGGAUGGUUGCCCAUGCCAGCAUGAACGGCGAGCUGAACAGCCCUGGCGCGGCCUACGCCAGUCUGCACAACAUGUCACCCCAGAUGAGCGUUGCUGCCGCCGCCGCCGCCGCGGUGGCCUACGGGCGCUCCCCCAUGGUUGGGUUUGAUCCUCCUCCGCACAUGAGAGUACCUGCCAUCCCUCCCAGCCUGGCGGGGAUCCCCGGGGGAAAGCCUGCCUACUCCUUCCACGUCACCGCGGACGGCCAGAUGCAGCCUGUCCCCUUCCCCCCCGACGCCCUCAUCGGACCCGGAAUCCCACGGCACGCCCGGCAGAUCAACACGCUCAACCACGGGGAGGUGGUGUGCGCCGUGACCAUCAGUAACCCCACGAGGCACGUGUACACGGGCGGCAAGGGCUGCGUCAAGGUCUGGGACAUCAGCCACCCUGGCAACAAGAGCCCCGUGUCCCAGCUGGACUGUCUGAACAGGGAUAACUAUAUCCGGUCCUGUAAGUUGCUCCCGGACGGCUGCACGCUCAUUGUGGGCGGGGAAGCCAGCACCCUGUCCAUCUGGGACUUGGCGGCUCCAACCCCACGCAUCAAGGCGGAGCUGACGUCUUCAGCCCCCGCCUGCUACGCCCUGGCCAUCAGCCCCGACUCCAAGGUCUGCUUCUCCUGCUGCAGCGACGGCAACAUCGCCGUGUGGGACCUGCACAACCAGACGCUGGUGAGGCAAUUUCAGGGCCACACAGAUGGCGCCAGCUGCAUUGACAUUUCCAACGAUGGCACCAAGCUCUGGACGGGGGGUUUGGACAACACGGUCCGGUCCUGGGACCUGCGCGAGGGUCGGCAGCUGCAGCAGCACGACUUCACCUCCCAGAUCUUCUCUCUGGGGUACUGCCCAACCGGAGAGUGGCUGGCCGUGGGCAUGGAGAGCAGCAACGUGGAGGUUCUGCAUGUGAAUAAACCGGACAAGUACCAGCUGCAUCUCCACGAGAGCUGUGUGCUCUCCCUGAAAUUUGCUUAUUGUGGGAAGUGGUUUGUGAGCACUGGAAAAGACAACCUUCUCAACGCGUGGCGGACCCCCUACGGGGCCAGCAUCUUCCAGUCCAAAGAGUCCUCGUCGGUGCUUAGCUGCGACAUCUCUGUGGAUGACAAAUACAUCGUCACCGGCUCCGGGGACAAGAAGGCCACCGUCUAUGAGGUCAUCUACUGACUACCGGUGUGAUUUAACAGUUAGAGUUGAAUUGGGCCAAAACGUUUGAAUCUGUAGAAAUAGAGGCAUUGUAACUUUAAAGAAAAAGAAAAAC